AUGGCAUGGGUAGUGACAAUCUGGAUGGUCCAAUUCCUUCAUGAACAUCGCACAGAGCCAUGGAGUGUGAAUGCAAUGUCUGGUGCAGUAAUGAAUGGACACCUCGAUGUUGUCAAGUACCUCCAACUCAAUCGCACCGAGGGCUGGAGAACCACCUCUGUGGCUACGGCUGCGUCCAAAGGAUAUCUCGAUGUGAUUCGAUUCCUCCACGAACACAGACCCGAAUCAUUCAUCAUGAACGGUCGUAGUGCUCCUGAAGUCAUGAACAAGGCAGCUCAAUGUGGACAUCUCAGCAUCGUCAAAUUCCUUCCAGAUCACAGACUGAAGGUUGCACAGUACGUGCGAUGGAUUACGCGGCAGAAUAGCCAUCUUGAUGUGAUCAUAACAGAGGGUGCGACGAUCAAUUCGAAGGACCACGCUGCACAGAAUGGUUAUUUGGAGAUCGAACGCUUCCUUCAUCAGAACAGUACAGAGGGUAGCUCGACGUUUGCAUUGGAUGACGCCUCAGGAAAUGGAUAUUUGGAGCUUGUUCAAUUCCUUCAUGAGAACAGAACUGAAGGAUGUACUCAGGAUGCAAUGGACCGCGCUACUCAUAAUGGUUAUUUGGAGGUGGUUCGAUUCCUUCAUGAGAACCGCAGUGAAGGAUGCACGGUGUCCGCUGUGGACUUGGCUGCCCAGGCGGGCCACACCAAGACUGAGGAGUUUCUCUUGGACAAUCGGACAGAAAGAUGCACAGUGGCUGCAAUGAACAAGGCUGCCAAACGAUGA